CUGUGGAGUGCCUGCACGCAGCCGUGCUGCAUGGAGCCAAAAGACGGAUCUCUCAGGAUGAAAAAGCCCUAAGUUGACAGGGUUCUCCUGAAAGGAUCAUAACGUGGAUAACUAUGACGGAAAUGUUUUUUUAAGUGUUUCUCUUUUCUUUUUCAAUGAUUUUCUACCAACCUCCCGGAGGUACAUAACUUGCCACCAACAUGAUUUGGGGUGUUUUGUUAUGCUGCCUUCUGACGCCGGCUGAUGGAUAUCAAACACAGGAGCGUCUGCCUUUCUUUCACGGACAUGUUUUUGAGAACUCCCCGACGGCUUCGAAAGUAAACGGACUGAGCAUUCCGGUGAGGCGCAUCAACGCGCAAAAAUGGUGCCCAGUCUCCGGGAUGCACUUCAAACUGUACGGGAACGGCAGCGAAGAUUUCCGCGCCUUCGCCCACCACAAGCGGGGAAAUAUAUUGCUAAAAACUUCCAGGGUUUUAGACAGAGAGGCUCGCGCAGAAUACCUGCUGAGCGUGGGUCUGUGUUGCCAGACCUGCGUGUCGGAGUCUGUCGUCUUCGAGGUCGCGUCGGUAAAAGUGGACGUUUUGGACACCAACGAUCACGAACCGACUUUUCGCAGUGCAGACGCCGUUCACAUAACUUUAGAUGACACCACCGCUCUCCGUAGUGUGGUUUACAGGCUGCAGGCUGUCGACGAAGACAGUGGCAACAACGCACAGUUGACAUACAUUUCAAUCCCCAAAAAUGGCAGUUUCUAUGUUGUCCCGAAAACAGGGGAAGUUUUAUUGGUUGACUCUAUUCUGGGGCUGCCCUCUGAAGUCAAAUUCUAUGUUUUUGCAAGAGAUCACGGAUGGCCCCCUCUGACCAGCAAAGGUGUAGUAGUGACCAUCGCUCCACAGCGGUGGGCGACGCGUCCUGCUGAUUUGGCGGGGUCAGGGGGGAGGGGGGGACGGUCGCCGAGGGCUUUGCUUGACCCUGGCACUGUGGUUUCCCUCAACGUGUCUGAAGAUGCCAGCAUCGGCUCAGUCAUAACGAGCCUGAGUCCCACCAGGUUUCAGUCAGCCGCCUACGAGUUGGUUUACCCGGAGUCAGAGAGCUCCCCGGUCACAGUGGGGCGCGACAGUGGAGAUAUCACGAUAAGCAGGAGGCUGGAUAGAGAGACAGAGCCUUCACUGGAGCUCACUGUUAAGAUUCAGGACAAACGAGGCCCAGACUGGUACCUGAACAAGGUGAAGCUGAAGAUCACUGAUGUCAACGACAACGUCCCUGAGUGGAAUAUGAAGCCGUACCCUUACCUGGCUGUAGUGUCCCCGGAGGCCCCCGCGGGAACGUUUGUCUACCAGCUCCAGGCUCAUGACGGAGAUGAGGGCAAAAGCGGAGAGGUGGAAUUCUUUUUGUCGGAUGGUGGUGAUGGCUGCUUUGCAGUGGACAAGAAGACAGGCCAGGUGGUGACCACAGGGCUGGUGCUUCAGAGGGACAGAGAGUACUUGUUAAGCGUGGUGGCCCUUGACGGCCUGGGCAGCCGCAGUGCCCCCGCCAUGCUCUCUGUAGUAGCGGGAGCCAGAGCGCCACAGUUCACCAACAUUAGCUACGCCAUCUCCAUACCAGAGAACACACCGGAAGGACAGCCCUUCCUGGUGGUUUUUGCUAUUUCUUUCCAGAAGCAGCCAAUCAGCUACAGCCUGCUGAUCAAUCCUAGUAGCCUUUUCAGCAUUCGGCAGGAGACGGGGGAGAUCAGCUUGACCAGGACGCUAGAUUACGAGAGCGACCAGCGACGCUACCUGCUGAUGGUGCGAGCCAGCGAAGAGCCGGGCAGCCUCAGCACUGCCACAGAGGUUCAGGUGUUGAUAACGGAUGAGAAUGAUUGCGUCCCCGAGUUCCUCCAAUCCAUCUACAGUGUGGAUGGAGUCCCUGAGACUGUAACCACGGCAACAUCCCUGCUGCAGGUGCUGGCCACGGACUGUGACUCCGGGUUAAACGCCGAGCUCACCUAUUACACCCUGAGCCCGGACUUCAGCAUCUCGCCCCAUGGGACCGUUUUCCCCGCAGGCCGGCUGGACUAUGAGAGGCCUAACCAUCUGUAUGAAUUUGUGGUGAUGGCGACUGACAGCGGGGAAGAGCCUCACUCUGGCACCGCCACGGUCCGUGUGAGGAUGGCAAACAUCAACGACGAGCCCCCUGAAUUCUCCCAGUCUGUAUAUAGAACGUUUGUUUCUGAGGACGCCGGACCCAACACCCUCGUUGCAACAGUUUUAGCCAAAGACCCAGACGGCGAUGGUAUAAUUUACUCCAUAACAGCAGGAAAUGAGGAAGGAAACUUCGUCAUCGACAGCCAGAAAGGGUUGAUUCGUCUCCGCUCCACUCCCCUGCCCAAGCUUCAAGGCCUGGAGUACGUCCUGAAUGUAACGGCCACAGAUGACAAUGCAUCAGGCGGGCCACACCCUCUCUUCUCCACCGCACGGGUUAUCGUCGGAGUUGAUGAUGUCAACAACAACAAACCUGUAUUUGAAGAGUGCCACCAAUAUCGUGAGCAGGCUUCAGUGCUGGAGAACCAGCCAACGGGGACUUUUGUAUUGCAAGUGCAUGCAGUGGAUGCAGAUGAGGGAGCAAAUGGAAAAGUCAAAUAUGGCUUAAUGCACAGAGACAGCGCCAUGCCCGCCUUCAGAAUUCAUCCAGACACAGGAGUGAUUGUGACAGCCCGGCGGUUCGACAGGGAGCGGCAGAGAGAGUAUUCAAUUACAGUGACGGCCACCGAUUGGGCGGAGGAGCCGCUCAUCGGCAUCUGUCAGCUCACUGUCCAAAUUCUGGACCAGAAUGAUAACAACCCCAAGUUUGAGAAUCUGCGCUAUGAGUACUUUCUGAGAGAAGACACUUUGGUAGGAACCAGUUUCCUCCGUGUGGCAGCUCACGAUGACGACUUUGGAACUAAUGCAGCUAUCACUUACUCCAUGUCCCUGGAGCAGGAGUCCCUGGAGUACCUGCGGGUCAACCCCGUCACUGGAUGGGUCUACGUUAACCAGCCCAUAUCACAGAGAACCUAUAUCACACGAGACAUCAUAGCAACCGAUGGGGGGAACCGAAACUCUUCUGUGGAACUGGCAGUCACCAUCACCAACGUGAAGAACCAGCCUCCACAGUGGGAGAAGGAGAGCUACAGCGUCGUCAUCCCUGAAAACACGGCCAGGGACACACCGAUAGUGACAAUCAAGGCGACCUCUCAGCUGGGUGACCCGAGGGUGACCUAUAACCUGGAGGAUGGGAUGGUCCCCGAAACCAACAUGCCAGUUCGUUUUUACCUCUCCCCCAACCGCGAAGACAGCUCUGCGUCCAUCCUGGUGUCGGAGCCGCUGGACUACGAGACCACACCCGUCUUCUCGCUCCGGGUUCGAGCACAGAACGUGGCCGCUGUGCCUCUUGCAGCUUUCACUACGGUUUAUGUCAAUAUUACAGAUGUCAAUGACAACGUGCCGUUCUUCACCUCCUCCAUCUAUGAAGCCUCAGUAACAGAAGGAGCCCAGAUAGGGACUUUGGUUCUCCAAGUGUCUGCCCAUGACAAAGACCUGGGUCUUAAUGGAGAGAUCACUUACUCUUUGCUGAGUGACAGCAGUGGAGACCACCAUCUGUUCCGCAUUGACCCAAAAUUUGGGAUCAUCUACACAGAGGCUGUGUUUGAUCGUGAGGCCCGUAGCUCCUAUUUACUGGAAGUUCAGUCGGAAGAUGGACAGGAGUCAGCGCGGCCUGGCAAGAACAAGCAGCCCAACUCAGACACAGCGUAUGUGAGGGUUUUCAUCAGCGACGUCAACGACAACAAACCAGUCUUUGCUCAGCGACUGUAUGAAGUCGGUGUCGACGAGAAUGCAGAUGUGGGCCUGGCUGUUGUCACCGUUAGUGCUAAUGACGAGGAUGAAGGAGCCAAUGCCAAGCUGCGCUACCAGAUAACAUCUGGCAACAAAGGUGGUGUUUUUGACAUUGAGCCAGAGGUGGGGACCAUCUUUAUCGCACAGCCGCUGGACUAUGAGCAGCAGAAGAGGUACAAGCUGCUGGUCCUCGCCUCGGAUGGGAAGUGGGAAGACUACGCGGCCGUGGUGGUUACUGUGGUUAAUAAGAACGAUGAGGCGCCCGUGUUCUCCAUGAAUGAGUACUAUGGUUCGGUCACUGAGGAACUUGAUGGGUCACCUGUGUUUGUACUACAGGUGACAGCUACCGACCCAGACAAAGAUGCGGACCAAGGCGCCAUACGGUAUUCCAUUCAUGGCCAAGGGGCAGAGUCACACUUCAUGAUCAACGACAUCACGGGGGAGAUGUAUGCCCAGCGCACCAUGGACCGAGAGGAGCGUGCCGUCUGGCGCUUUGUUGUCAUGGCAACGGACGAAGAGGGCGAGGGACUUACCGGCUUUACGGAUGUUAUUAUCAACGUGUGGGACAUCAAUGACAAUGCACCUGCCUUUACGUGUGCGCCGGAUAAUUGCCACAGUAGCGUGGCAGAGAACUCCCCUCCUGGAACGUUUGUUGUGGAAAUGACAGCGGUAGACCUUGACGAUGCAGCUGUAGGUCAAAAUGCAAUCCUCACGUACCGGAUUACAGAGAAUGUGCACAACGCAAACAAUGCAGACCUUUUCACUAUUGAUUCCAGCACUGGCACUGUUUCUGUAGCAGCAGAGGGUCUGGACAGGGAGUUUGUCGACAGCCACCGUCUGGUAGUGGAGGCCCGGGAUGGUGGUGGUAUGACAGGUACAGGUACUGCCACUAUAGUGGUGACAGACAUCAAUGACCAUGUGCCAAAGUUUAGAGAGGAGCGAUGUGGCGCUCGUGUGUCUGAGAACAGUGAUGAAGAUGCUCCUAUCCUGGAGCUGAGUGCUGUGGACCCUGACGCUGGCACCUAUGGACAGCUGGCAUUCAGUGUGGUGGCAGGUGACCUGGAGCAGCGAUUCUACAUGGUCAGCCACAGACUAGAGCAGAAGGGGACCCUGAGACUGAAGAAGAAGCUGGACUUUGAGAAGCCAGGGGAGCAGAGGUUUAACCUCACUAUCAAGGUGGAGGACUCUGAUUUCUCCAGCCUCAUCCACUGUCAGGUCCUGGUGGAGGAUGAGAAUGACAAUGCUCCCGUGUUCACCCCGGGCUCCCACACGCUCUCUCCUCUGCCCGAGGACAUAGCUGUAGGAACAAGCAUCAUCCAGGUUGUGGCCUCUGACUCCGACUCAGGUCUGAAUGGAGACAUUUUGUACAGCAUUCUCCCUCAAUCUGACCCAUAUGGACAUUUUACAGUCAGUCGAGCUGGAGUGGUCACCGUUGCCAAGCCACUGGAUAGGGAAAAAGUGGCGGGUUAUGAGCUGGUUGUCAUGGCGACUGACCGGGGUACCCCAGCAAUGACUGGCAGUGUCAUGGUUCACUUGCCGCUGCUGGACAUGAAUGACAAUGGCCCAGAGCUGGAGACAGCCUACGCUCCUGUGCUGUGGGAGAACAGUCCAGCACCUCAAGUGGUUUGGCUCAACAGGAGCUCGACUCUGCUUCACAUCGUAGACAGAGACUCCCCGGAGCAUGGGCCUCCUUUCUUUCUCUCCCUGCCCUCACAUUACUCCACUGACUUCCACCUGCAGGACCACGGGAACAGCUCUGCCACUCUCACCGCCCUGCGGAGAUUCGACAGGGAGAGGCAGAGUGAGUUCCACUUGCCUGUGAUUAUGAUUGACAGCGGCGAUCCACCAAUGACAGCCACAAACACGCUCACCAUCACCAUCGGCGACCAGAAUGAUAACGCCCAUGAGGCAGGAGAGAAAGACGUCUAUGUGCAAAGCCGCAAGGGAAGGAUGGCAAAUGCGGCACUGGGGAAGGUGUAUGCCCCAGAUCCUGAUGACUGGGACAACAAGACCUACACUCUGGAGACAAGUGCAGCCAAAUACUUCAGUCUGAACCAGAGUUCAGGAGCGCUGACCUUGCGACAGAACACUCCAGCAGGCAGCUACUGGUUGAGGGUCGGGGUGUCUGAUGGGGUGUGGCCCGAUGUGUACUCCGGGGUCAGAGUUCAUGUCAGGGAGCUGGAAGAAAAGGCCAUCCAAUCGUCUGCCUCGCUGCGUUUAACAGGCAUAACAGCGAGAGAUUUUAUCGACUCUCACGUCGAGGGGAAGAGUCGGCUGGAGACGUUCUGGGACUUCCUGUCUGAAACCCUGUCUGUCAGACCGGGGAGCAUCAACAUUUUCAGCAUAGCAGACAGGGAGGAGAAAACUGUGGACAUCCAUUUCUAUGUGCCAGCUGAUAAUGGCUACGUGCGCCCAGAGAAACUGCACACUGUCCUUGCUGCACAUAAAAAGAAGCUGCAGUCGCUGCUGCGUGCAACUGUGAGCCAGGUGCAGGUGGAUGAGUGUGUGCGCACCGACUGCAAGACAUCCGGCGGCUGCUCCACACAGUUAAGCAUCAGUGACUCGCCCACCCUGGUCGACUCAGGUGCUUUAUCCCUGGUCUCAGUGAAGGUGACAUCCUUGGCUGUGUGUGGCUGUGCUGCCAGGGUGAUGACCCACCAGCCCUGCUCCGCCUACCCCACUAAACCCUGCCUUAAUGGGGGGACCUGCGUCGACAGCCAGAGCGGAUAUAGGUGCCAUUGCCCCCCACAGUUUGAGGGGCCAGACUGUCAGCAGACGAGGCUUAGUUUCCUUGGCAACGGCUAUGCCUGGUUUCCCCCCAUAAGGCCGUGCUUUGAUAGCCAUCUUUCACUAGAGUUCAUGACAGAGGAAGACGAUGGAUUGCUAUUGUACGCCGGCCCGUUGGCCACUCUGCUGCCUGGGGAUGCUGAGGACUACAUGGCCAUAGAGCUGAUUGCUGGGACACCCAGUCUGAAAAUCAACCACGGCUCUGGGACUCUGGUCCUCCAGUUAACGAAUAACGUUGGUGUGACUGACAGACGCUGGCAUCGCCUUGAUGUGAGGAGCAACAGCAAAGAAGUGCGCUUCACUCUGGAUCGAUGUUCCAGUGCGAUUAUCAUGGAGACAGAAGGCGUGGACUCAUGGGCAAUGACAGAGGACCGCUCAUCCUGUGAAAUCCGCGGGGUCACACCCAACAGGGACAAGUAUCUCAAUGGAAGUCAUGUAUUGCAGCUUGGAGGUGUCAAGGAAAACAUGUCCUAUGAAUACCCACAGCUGCAGCACAAACACUAUACUGGAUGUAUAAGAAACCUGCUUGUGGAUAGCAAGCUUUAUGACCUUGGUUCCCCAGCUGAAUCCUCCAACACUGUGCCAGGCUGCUCUCUUAUUGAUGACCACUGCACCAACAUGGAGCAGCUGCCCUCCUGCGGCAAGAGGGGUCACUGUCACGGCGAGUGGGGCUCCUUCAGUUGCCUGUGUGAACCAGGGUUUACGGGGCCCCAGUGUGAUCAAGUGGCUCCAGAGUACUCCUUUGACGGCCGGAGCCACGUGCAGUUCCAGCUCUUUUGGUCCUUGCCUGCGAGACAGACGAGGGUCCAGGUCGGGAUUCGGACACGUGCCGCCGCCGGUGUCAUUCUCAGCCUGCUUUCCCAGGAGCAGAAUGAAUACCUACGUUUAGAGGUGAUUCAGGGUCUGCUGGCUGUUGUCUACAACCUUGGAGAUGGAGAUUUCAACCUGACGCUGCCCUACCAUCGGCUCAGCGAUGGCGAGUGGCAUGAGGUGGAGUUGGAUCGGUACGGCAGAGAGUUCACCCUGCGAAUGGACGGAGGUGGAGGACGACGAGAGGUUACAGCUUCACCUGGGCGGAGUCAGGAGAUCAUUAUUGACCCCUCCACGGUGAUGCUCGGUAAUUGGUUUCCCUCGGGACACAAUCGGAGCUUCCUUGGCUGUUUGCGAGAUAUGAGGUUUAACGGGCGAUCCAUCCCUCUGGGUGGGGAGCAGCUUUCAGAGGGACUUCAGGUGGUCACUUCGCAGGGCGUCUCCGUCGGCUGCUCUUCAGAAGCCUGCAGGAAACAUCACUGCUCGCCUCCUCUGGUCUGCGUGGACCUCUGGAGACACCAUGAGUGCAGGUGUCCUCCAGGCCACAUGACCAAAGAGAGCUCCUUGGGCAAAGUGUGCGUCUACACGUUGUGCGCCAGCCGGCCGUGCCGCCACGGCACCUGUGUGGCUCACUCUCCAUCCCGCUACUCAUGCCGCUGCAGUGAGGGUUACCGUGGACGCCACUGCGAGGUGACCCUCGCCAUGUUCCACAACGUGGAAGGCAAUAGUCUCAGCCUCAGCUCCAUGUUCGCCAUCAGCAUCUGUGUCUUGGCUUUUCUAGUGUUGAUGCUGGGCCUGUUCCUCUACUCCUGCUGGAGGAGACACAAGGGCCUGAAGGAGGGUGUGUACCAUGUGUCGGCGCACCACGGCGAGUGGGAGGACAUCCGAGAAAAUGUGCUCAACUACGACGAGGAAGGCGGAGGGGAGCAGGACCAGAAUGCCUUUAACAUGGUGGAGCUGCAGCGCUCCCUCCAGCCCAGCCCAGCACAGUCCCUUCGCUACAGCUAUCCACAAAGCAUCAUCUCCUACCCGCAGACUAAGCUUCCCCAAGACAACAACAAGAAGUGGGUGUCUAACGGGAAUGGCAGCGCGGCCAUAGCGCUGCGCCUGGCCAUCCCCCCCUCAGAGACAGAAACCCUGCCGUCCCCUCUGACCUUCCGCCGCUCCCAGAAAACCCUGUCCUUCUCCAGCCAGGACUUGGCCCGCUACCUGUGUGAGGUCAUAAGGGACAUGGAGCACCCGGGGGAGCUUGGCACCAUGACCACACCGCGGCGUCCCUCUGGGAAAGAGCGCGGCCUGGCCGCGGUGCGCUCCCUCAGCUCCCUCAGUGCAUCUCAGGGUUCAGAAGUCAGCCUUCACGCGACCCAGAGCAACCGGCUGGACAGGUUCAAAACCCUCCGAGCCGUGGUUAGCGAUUUGAGAGGAGACUCCAAGACUCCGGAGGGCCAGAAAGACAAACUGAAGGAGAGCAGAGGGCAGCUGAACUGUGAGAAGAGCGGCUGAGGCUGCACUCGGAGAAACAGAACUGAAGGUUGCUCAACACUAAUCAGAAGGCGUUGGUGGAAUUCCAAAGGGAGAUAAUUAAAUGUGAAAUACUCUGAGACUGGGAGGUUGCCCUGGGUCUAUGUGAAGUCUGCUAUAAAUGUACUGUAUUGAUGAAACUUUGAACAUUUAUGUUCUUUGAUAUAAAACAUGUUUACCAAUGAAUGAUCAGAUGUGAUGUAUUGUUUACUUGGCAUUGCACUGUACAGUAUUUACUCCACAGAAAGCACUUUCGGAAGUGCGCUGUGUCAAAUCUAUUCAUGUCAUCAAACUCAUAAGAGUAAUGUCUGCAAGUAAGACAGCAAAUGAGUUUCCUGCGAGAGAGCCGGAUUCUUGUUGCCGUUAAUGACUCAUGAAAUCGUUUAUGUGACAAAAAUGGUUUUGUUUCAUUUGUAUUAUCUAUUUCCUUUUAAAUAAAUAAUUAUCUUUGAUAAUA